AUGAACCGGAAAGCGCAACGCUGCCUGGGCCACCUCUUUCUCAGCCUGGGCUUGGUCUAUCUCCGGAUCGGUGGCUUCUCUUCAGUGGUAGCUCUGGGAGCAAGCAUCAUCUGUAACAAGAUCCCAGGUCUGGCUCCCCGACAGCGGGCAAUCUGCCAGAGCCGGCCCGACGCCAUCAUCGUCAUAGGAGAAGGCUCACAAAUGGGCCUGGACGAGUGUCAGUUUCAGUUCCGCAAUGGCCGCUGGAACUGCUCUGCACUGGGGGAGCGCACCGUCUUUGGGAAGGAGCUCAAAGUGGGGAGCCGGGAGGCUGCCUUCACCUACGCCAUCAUUGCCGCCGGCGUGGCCCAUGCCAUCACAGCUGCCUGUACCCAGGGUAACCUCAGUGACUGUGGCUGCGACAAGGAGAAGCAAGGCCAGUACCACCGGGACGAGGGCUGGAAGUGGGGUGGCUGCUCUGCCGACAUCCGCUACGGCAUCGGCUUCGCCAAGGUGUUUGUGGAUGCCCGGGAGAUCAAGCAGAAUGCCCGGACUCUCAUGAACUUACACAAUAACGAGGCAGGCCGGAAGAUCCUGGAGGAGAACAUGAAGCUGGAAUGUAAGUGCCACGGUGUGUCCGGCUCGUGCACAACCAAGACUUGCUGGACCACCUUGCCGCAGUUUCGGGAGCUGGGCUAUGUGCUCAAGGACAAGUACAACGAGGCUGUUCACGUGGAGCCGGUGCGCGCCAGCCGCAACAAGCGGCCCACCUUCCUGAAGAUCAAGAAGCCGCUGUCAUACCGCAAGCCCAUGGACACAGACCUGGUGUACAUCGAGAAGUCCCCCAACUACUGUGAGGAGGACCCGGUAACCGGCAGUGUGGGCACCCAGGGCCGCGCCUGCAACAAGACGGCCCCCCAGGCCAGCGGCUGCGACCUCAUGUGCUGUGGCCGCGGCUACAACACCCACCAGUAUGCCCGCGUGUGGCAGUGCAACUGUAAGUUCCACUGGUGCUGCUACGUCAAGUGUAACACCUGCAGCGAGCGCACCGAGAUGUACACGUGCAAGUGA